AUGGAUAACUACUAUCCCACCGACCAGCUGCAACGCCGGCUCUCGCACCAGCAAGUUCAGCAAGCGCAGCAGCAGCAACACCAGACUAUGCAACCUCCCGUGGGCCCCAUGAACAUGGGGCCUCAAGGGUCAGCCAUCUCCGCGGGACCCAUGGCACAGAAUAUGGUCAACAACCAGCCGGCACAGGCGCGCGAUACCCUUGACGAGAUCAUCGAUGACAACCACAGCGCUCUUCACAGAAAAAGAAGCUUGCCUCAGAGUUAUGCAAAUGACAUGUCGAAUCCGAGCGGGCCAAGGCGAAUGUCUUUGACAGGCCCCGGCGAAGUGAUGAAUUUUGCAGAUGGUAAUGGCGAUAUGCGCGGAUACCAGUUCAAUCAGUCCGUGCCUGGAGGAUACCCACAUGUCAACUCGAACAACAUGUCCAUGGCAGGGCAAAUGGGCAACUAUAUGAACCCUGCAGACUAUACGGCCAUGUCUCCCGACCUCAUGUCAAACAUGAUCCCGUCUACCUUUUCCAACAUGAACAUGAACCAUUUGACGGGCGAUGCUCAGGCUAUGGGAAUGUUCUCGGCAAAUGGCAACACAAACAUGGGGAAUCAAUAUGCGCCAAAUCAGCUGGUUGACAUGGGGAACGACUACUCCAUGGCCAUGUCUGACAACGGGCCUCUGAGCGCUACGCCGACCAAUGGACCACAAGGUACUGGACCCUUGGACGAUCGCGAAGACGAGGUCAUGCAUUCACACCCACCAUAUACCCCAAUCGACUCAAAUAGAAGCCAAUCCGCGGGCAACACAACUCUCGACUCCAAGCAAAGGGGCGAUAGCCAAGGGGACCAACAAGCCUCUCAGCAACCAUCCUCUGUCGCUUCUGCUUUCUCCCCCCAAAAGCUUCCGUCGUCGGCGAGCAUGACACAUCCUAGCGCCUCAUCGGAUCCUACGACCCCUGCGAACGGUCCGGCGCCUCCUCCACAAGAUCCUAAAGACAAGAAAACCAUCUACUCUAAAAGCGGCUUCGACAUGUUGAAAGCACUGUGGCUCGUCGCAACGCGCAAGAGCCCCAAGAUUCAUUUGGGUGCCGUCGACAUGUCUUGUGCCUUUGUUGUCUGCGAUGUGACAAUGAACGAUUGUCCCAUCAUAUAUGUGUCGGACAACUUCCAGAAUUUGACUGGCUAUAGUCGCCACGAUAUUGUGGGCCAGAAUUGUCGCUUUCUCCAGGCCCCUGACGGGCAAGUGGAAGCUGGAACCAAGCGUGAGUUCGUUGACGAGGGGGCCGUUUACAACCUGAAGAAGAUGAUCCACGAAGGUCGCGAAGUCCAACAAAGCCUGAUCAAUUACCGCAAAGGCGGGAAACCAUUCUUGAAUCUCCUGACCAUGAUCCCCAUCCCAUGGGACACUGACGAGAUCCGAUAUUUCAUCGGCUUCCAGAUUGAUUUGGUCGAAUGCCCUGACGCUAUUGCUUCCGGACAGGAGCUAGGGAACGUUCAGGUCAACUAUAAGCACAGCGACAUUGGCCAAUACAUCUGGACUCCACCACAUUCCGGUCAACUUGAACCUGACAACGGCCAGACGCUUGGUGUGGACGAUGUGUCAACCCUGUUGCAGCAAUUCAGCCCCAAGGGUGUCGUGUCCGACUGGCAUAAGCAAUCUUGGGAUAAGAUGCUUUUGGAGAACACUGACGACGUGGUCCACGUGCUGUCGUUGAAGGGUCUAUUCUUGUACCUGUCGCCCUCCUGUAAGAGAAUCUUGGAGUACGACACAACUGAUCUUGUCGGUAAUUCCUUGUCAACUGUCUGUCAUCCUUCCGAUAUCGUGCCAGUCACCCGCGAGCUCAAGGACACCUCGGUCGGAAACCCAGUCAACAUUGUCUUCAGAAUCAGACGCAAGAAUAGUGGAUAUACGUGGUUCGAAAGCCAUGGCUCGUUGUUCGUCGAGCAAGGGAAGGGCCGGAAAUGCAUUAUUUUGGUUGGCCGCAAGCGACCAGUCAUCGCGUUGAGUAAGCAGAGUAUUGGCUCAUCCGGUGGUAUUGGCGACAGCGAACUAUGGACCAAAUUAUCGACGUCGGGUAUGUUCCUCUUCGUGUCGUCUAACAUCAGGUCACUCCUCGAUCUACAGCCCGAAGCCCUCAUAGGUACUAGCAUCCAGGACCUGAUGCGGAAGGAAUCUCGCCCCGACUUUGGCCGAGCUAUCGAAAAAGCUCGUCGAGGCAGAAUUGUCACCUGCAAGCACGAAGUGCAGAACAGACGCGGGCAAGUUCUACAAGCGCAGACGACCCUGUAUCCCGGUGAUGCCUCGGAAGGACAAAAACCUUCAUUCAUGCUGGCCCAGACCAAAUUGCUGAAGGCUUCCUCGCGCAGCCUCGCACCAGCUGGAAGCACGAAAUCUGGAUCGGUGACGGGCAAAUCCGACUCUCACCACGCACAAAAUGGCUAUGUAUCGCAACCUGCCGGCGGCGGCCUCUUGCCGGGAUCCCAAGAUGCGGCACUGGCCUCGGAGGACAACAUGUUCGACGAAUUGAGAACGACCAAGUGCUCCAGUUGGCAGUUUGAACUGCGUCAAAUGGAGAAGAUCAAUCGCAUUUUGGCAGAAGAGCUUGGCGGCCUAUUGUCAAACAAGAAGAAACUUGCGGACUUCGCUGGGCAAAACAGACCGGACGUGUUUCUCCGCGGAAUUCCUCUCGGGGAGGAGCUGUCUAGCGGGACGCCUAUCCGGCCGACUGCCAACGGUGAGGGAGGCGUCAACCUUUCACAGCUGAGCAGCAGCAGCAUGACACCCAAAGCUGCCAGCGGUGCACCGUCGGCUCAUGGUGCGACCACAAUGCCUCCGCCGAGCCAUUCAUCCAUGGCUGGGGUUAAUGCCGCUUCCUCGAUGACGUCCAUUAAGGAGGAGCGAGAAUCAAGCCAGACGCGUGCAUAG